AUGGACUUGGAGCUGGAGAACAGCGAAGGGGCUGGCACGUCACAAGCUGCCCUGAACCACGCUCAGGGAACAUGUCUGUCAGAUGUUGAGGAAACUCCGAGGCUUGGGACAACAGCUACUGGAAGUCAGAAAAAGGUUAAGCGCAUUAGGGAUCUGCCGUUCGAGGACAGUCCUGGAGCUGGGAACAUCCAGCGUGCAGACCAGGAACAAGAAGGCACCAGCUAUCUGGUCCCCAACCAAAGCCCCAGCCAAACAGCCAUCAUGUCCAACUCCUUCAACAAUGAAAGCUGUGACCAGAAUUGCAGCCUGGACGACUCAAAAUUUGAGGAUGAUUACUAUCCAGUCAACCUCUUCCCAAUCCCUAUUCUGACCGGGAUAACGGUGAUCUGUGCUCUGCUCUCCUUGAUCGGGAUAACGGGGAACAUAAUGACUAUCCUGAUUGUCUCGAAGUUCAGAGACAUGAGGACGACCAUCAAUUUCUACCUGUCCAGCAUGGCGCUGUCUGAUCUGAUGAUCUUUAUGUGUAUGCCCUUUGACCUGUAUCGGAUCUGGCAGUACAGACCCUGGAAUUUUGGAGUGAUGCUCUGUAAGAUGUUCCAAUUCAUCAGCGAGAGCUGUACUUACUCCACCAUCCUCAACAUCACAGCGCUCAGUGUGGAGAGAUACCUCGCCAUCUGCUUCCCUCUCAAAGCCAAGGUUGUCAUCACCAAGGGGAGAGUCAAAGGCAUCAUCCUCUUCCUCUGGACAGUAGCCUUCUUGUGCGCUGGACCCAUCUUUGUCCUGGUUGGGGUCGAGCAUAUGAAUGGGACAGACCCACUGGAGACCAACGAGUGCAAGGCCACCGAGUUUGCUGUCAGGUCGGGCCUUCUGAACAUCAUGGUGUUGGUUUCCAGUAUCUACUUCUUCCUGCCUGUCUUCUGCCUCUCCAUCCUCUACAGCCUCAUCGGGAGGAAAUUGUGGAGGCGCAAGAAAGAAACAAUCGGUCCAAACCUCAACAACAGGCACAAGAAUAACAAGCAAACUAUCAAGAUGUUAGCUGUUGUGGUGUUUGCCUUCAUACUCUGUUGGCUCCCCUUUCAUGUCGGCCGCUACCUGUUCUCAAACUCAGAGGCUGGCUCCCAGAUCAGCCAGUACUGUAACCUGGUCUCCCUGGUGCUCUUCUAUCUCAGCGCUGCCAUCAACCCCAUCCUCUACAAUAUCAUGUCGAAGAAGUUCCGGGUGGCUGCCUUCAAGAUGUUCCGAGUCAAGAAAGCCUCCGGAAGGAAGCCCUCCACAGUCAAGGAGGAAAGCUCGCAGGCCUGGACUGAAUCCAGCAUAAGUACUUGACAGAAUGUUAAAAAUAUAAGUUUUUUUCCGCAGGA